AUGUAAAUUCUUCAUGUGGAUGAGUUUAGUGAUUUUUUAUAAACAACACUCAAUUUGAAAGCUGAUUGUUAUUUGACAUCAUUAUUCAAAUAAUUUGGUCGAUUCUUUAAUAUUGCUAAAAGAAUGAUAGAGUUAUUGAUUGAAUUAGAUAAACAUUUUGAAUAAGAAAAUAGAUCACGUAUUUUGAUUAACAAUGCAAUUGGAUUAUUAAAUCAAUUUUUUAUUGAACAUGUAUCGUUUAUUUAAUGGAGUUAUUGUGAAUAAUUUAUAAAUUAGGGUAAUGAAAGGAUUACAUAAAUCAGAGCCAAUAUACAUCCAAUAUUUCAUUAAUUUGAUUAAACUAAGAUUAAGAAAUCUUUAUGUGAAGUGUUGUUACACAUACAGGAGAAGAAUACACAAUUAUAACAAUAAAUGACAUUAUUAUCUAAUGAAGUGAAUCUUCAUUAAAUUAUUUUAAAAUAGAAGGAAGAACAAUACAAAGUAUCCAAAUACAACCUAUUAGAAAUUUAAUGAUAACAUUGAAUAUAUUAAACAAUAUAAACAGAAUGAAGAUCCUGAGUUUAAGAAAUAUUUUGCCUUGUUUAUAAAAUUAUAAGCCUUACAACAAUCAAGUAAUAUUCUUUAUGAAUCUUAGAGAUUCUAUAUGAAUUGUAUAAAACAAUCAUUUUAUGUCUUAUAAACUGUUCCAAUCUAUUAUGCCUCUUAGAAAUCCCUAUAGAGAAUUCCAAGAUGGUUAAAUAAAUAGGCAAAAAGAAUUUGAAAGGUAAUACUCAUGAAAUUCAAUUACUAAUGAAAUAUAGUCAGAUCUUAAUCAAUAGAGAAUAAAUUUGGAAUACUUUGAAUAAACAACAUUAUGAAGAUUUAGCUGAAUCUAUUAAAUUAUUAGAGAAGUAGAUAUUCUAUAAGUUACCAAAUGAUCCAUUUAUUAUAUAAUGUAAUCUAGGAGAGUUAAGAUCUUUAUUAUCUAAAAAAGAAGUAUUAUUAAAUUAUUAUUUAUUUAAGAAUCUAAUGUAUUAAUUAUCCAAUUAGUUUAAGAAACCUGAGAUUUUGUAAGAGUGGAAUGCAAUCUAACCAUUAGGCUUAAUUACAUUACAAUAAUUGUAGGAAAUUGCUGGAUAGUUCUUUGGUAAUUUAAGUACCUUUGUGAGAGUUUCUUAAGUGUAUUAAAAUACAAAGUAAGAGAUAUCCAAGUUCUUUGAUUAGAACUUUGGUUAAACUGUAUAAUUAGAAUGCAAUGAAUUUGAUUAUUUGAAUAUUUGA